CGCGCCGCUCCGCAUCACAGCGGAACAAAAUGGCGGCCGUGGCCCGCGAGCCCGGAGCUGCUGCGGUUCCGACUAUUUCUUCCCCCGAACCCAGGCCUCCGGACCCGGCCCGCUCCGGCCCGGGCCUCCCGCCUGUGCUGCCCGAGCCGCCGGGGACGCGCCUCUGCGCGGCGUUCAGCGACAAGGACGAAGACAGGCGCCAUGUUACCGCGGCUACUGUUAGCUCAGAGGCUAAUGCUAACGCCGAGCCGCAGGACGCUGCCCCGUUCUCCCCCCGCGCAGAGCAGCCCGAGCUCCCGCCGCUGCUGCGGGACUCUGCCGCGGGGAAAGGCCUCUCUGACCACGGCCCCGGAGCAGAGCAGGACCCGGUGCAGUCCGCCGUGUCCCCGCUGUCUCUGCCCGCGGCCCCGGAGGCUCCGGAGGCCGGACUGUCUCUGGGCCAGCCCAACGGCCCGGACCGCGCCUGCACCGAGAGAACUCUGACCGGGAGCUCUUUGACCGGGAGCCCGGACCGGACCGAGCCCGCGGCCUCGCGCUUCACGGCGCUGCCGGAGCCCGCGGACCGAGAGCCCGGAGAGGACAGCGGGGAGGACUGCGGGCAGCAGGCCGCAGACCGCGCUCAGGACCCCGCUCAGGAUCCCGCGGAACUCCCGGACUCCGGUUCGGAGCUGCGGCCCGGGACACAGGUGCGGGUGUCUCUGGAUCACGUGAUCGACGACGCGCUUGUGGUGUCGUUCCGUGUGGGACACAAGGUGUUCUCCGGUGUGCUCAUGGACCUGUCCCGCAGGUUCGGGCCGUAUGGAAUCCCCAUCACCACGUUUCCUGCUCGCAGGGAGUUGUCACGGCGGCACAUCCCGGCCCAGCCCCCUGCUGCAGAUGCCCCGCCCCCUCCCGCAGAAGAUGCAUCUCCUGACCCCGCUCUGACCCCGCUGUUCCACCAGGGGGCACCCUACCCUCCUCCGCUGUUCCUCAGAGACACGUAUCACCAAAGCCUGCCUCAGCCGCCGCCUCGACGAAUCAAACGCUCCCGCCGUCGCUACGGUAACAGUGAAGAGCCCACCUGCAUGUUAGUGCGGCUCCGGCCCCGACAGGUGCUGUGCGACAGGUGCAAGGGCGCAGCUGGUCCCAGACCCACCCCCUCCACGCGCCGCCGCCCCAACCCCGAACCCCUCGACGAAAACCUGCCGACAGAAGUCAAGCGUCUGCGCUGUGACGACUCCCGGCCCGCGCGACCACGGCGGGACGCGCCCAGAACACCGGGGGGAGGAGCAACAGCCCAUAAUCCCGCCCCCCGACGACCACAGAGCACCUCAAACUCAGCCAACCACGCCCGAGAUCCCCGCAACAGAGACAGAGAGCCCGCCCGCUCCAGCAGCCUCAGGUCUGGCUCCGGUCUUAGGGCAGGAUCCGGUCUCAGGUCUAACCCAGCCUCUGGAGCCUCGGCUGGGACCAGGGUCCUAACCCGGAGGAUCUCCUCGGCUCUAUCUCCUCCCAGAAUCCGACUAAAGCCGCACAGGUACCGAACCGAACCAGAGCCCAGCCCCCCACCCCCUAAGACCAAAUCCAGACCAGGACCCAGACUAGAACCAGGACCUCAGCGGACCAACAAGAACCCCAAAGUCCAGACUAAGACCCCCAGCAGACUGCAGAAUAGACUUCAGAGCAGACAGGAGGCUAAACCUGGGUCUAAACCAGGCAUUAAAGCAGAGCCCAAGACUGACGCCAAGACUGACGCCAAGACUGACGCCAAGACUGACGCCAAGACUGACGCCAAGACUGACGCCAAGACUGACGCCAAGACUGACGCCAAGACUGACGCUAAGACUGACGCCAAGACUGACGCCAAGACUGACACCCGGACUGAACGGAAGGACCCAAAUUCCAUACAGAAUAUAGAACCAGACCGAAAACCUGAACCCAAAUUCCAGUACAGACGAGAGUCAGAUAACAACACUAAGACCUCGUUAGACCAGGACUCAGGCCGGCUCCAGGAGAAUCCCAAACAAGACCCUAAACCUGAACCCGAGUCCCAGUCCUGCUUGGAUCCAGACUCUAGACCAGCUCUUCUCAUCAGCCCCUCCCCCUCGCGCAGUCGCCGCAAACAGGUUUUCCCUAGACCAACCCGAGACUUUGAUCUGGACUUUAUUGGCUGGUGUGACCUGGAUCCAGACCAGGACCAGUAUCAGACUAAGCCAGGUUUACACCCAAAACCAGGACUAGAGCCAAAACCAGGAUUGGACCUGAAACCGACACUAGAUCCAAAAGUGGGACUAGACCUGAAACCAGGUCUAGACCUACUACCAGAAGCAAAAGUUAACCCAGGUGAGGCAAAGUCUGUUUGUGAGGAAAGGGCAGAACAAGGGGCUCAAAGUGAGGCUAAACCAAGUUCAAGUCGAGGCCAGAGACCCGGAUCAGAACUAGAUCAAGAGUUUGAGUCAGACCUCAGUUCAGAUGCAGCAGCAGCAGCAUCGAUCGAUGAGUCUAUGGACUGUUCACAGGUCCAGUUAAGUUCCAGUCCUGGCCCGGAGUCCAGGCCUAGUCCUGGCCCGGAGUCCAGGCCUAGUCCUGGCCCGGAGUCCAGGCCUAGUCCUGGCCCAGAGUCUGGUUCUAAUCCUAAAUCCAUUACACUGGAAUGUGAACCUGAAAACAGAACUGUGACAGAGGCCAAGCCUGAGCCAAUGGACUGCUCCCCAGAUUCCGGGUCUAAGGACAGUCCAGACCCGACAAUCCGGUCCCGGUCCAAGUCCCGGUCUCGAUCCCCCUCUCGGUCUGAGUCUGUGGUGGACUCCAGGCCCUCAUCUCCGGCCUCUUCCUCUGAGUCCAGACCUAGGUCCCGGUCUGGUUCUCGGGCCUCAGAACAGUCCCAGCGUAGCACCCGGGCCCAGCGCAGCACCCAGUCCAGAGCAAAAUCUGUGUGUAAAACCCAGGAACUGGAAACAGAGAACUCGGAGAAGAAACCAAAACUAUCAGGUCUGGACUCAAGUUUAGGGACUGGACUCUCUGAGUUUAAACUUGAGUCUAACCCUAACCUUAGACCAGACUUUAUACCAGACCCUAGACCAGACCCUAGACCAGACCCUAGACCAGACCCUAGACCAGACCCUAGACUGGACUCUAGACCAGACCCUAAAUUAGACCCUAAAUUAGACCCUAGACUAGACCCUAGACCGACGCAGAGCCGGGCAGUGCCUAAGUGCGUGGGAGCAGACGGGCGUUGUGUUUGUGUGGGGGACAUAGUUUGGGCGAAGAUUGCAGGGUUUCCCUGGUGGCCGGCACGCGUGCUGUCUCUGGCAGUCUGUCGCCGUGGAGAUGGGGGUGGGGCUGUGAAACAGGAAGUGCGUGUGGCGUGGUUCGGCUCCAGGACCACCUCUGUGUUGGCUCUGAGUCUCACAUCGCCGUUUCUUGAGACGUUUCAGGCGCGUUUUGACAGGAAACGCCGUGGGCCAUACCGCCGCGCCAUUGCGGAGGCUGCCAGCGCCGCCAAGCAGCUCACACCGGAAGUGCGGGCACUGAUCACACAGUUUGAGACGUAGCAAAGACGCUAAAGCUAAACACGACUAAAGCUAAAUGCACUGAGCUCAGAGGAGAAAGCGAAACUAAAAUCUAGUUUAAAUAACAACGUGGGAGCAGUGGUGAUUUUGUGCAGUCUCCUGUGGCCUCAUGGGAAAGACCUGGUGUAUCUUGGGAACUGUAGGCUGUAAACUGCUGUAAAUGAUUUUCCUUGGACCUGGUUCUGGUUUGGUCCUGGUUUUUAGAAGGAUUUCUUGUAUCAUGUUUUGUCUCAUUUGAAUCUAAUUUAGUGCCAAACUCGUCCUCAGACCUGGCUUAGUCCUGGCUUAGUCCUGGCUUAGUCCUGGCUUAGUCCUGAUCUGGACCCAGUUUACUGUGACUUAAUUUUCAGUUCAUGUCUUUAACAUUUUAUUUAAGUCAAGAAACAGAAACGGAACUUAAAAAAAAAAAAAAAAAAGUAUUCGAGUUAGUUUCUGAGACCCUGCUCGUGACCAGGUUCCCCCUUUACACCCAGGCCCCCCUUUACACCCGAACCCUCUUUACGCCCAAUCCCCUUUUAGACCCCGUCCCCUUUUAAAUCCAAUCCUCCUUUAGACCCGGUCCCCCUUUAGACUCGGCCCCCUUUAGACUCGGCCCCUUCCUGUAGACCCGGCCCCGUUUAGACUCGCCCCCCCCCUUAGACC